AAUAGGGUGUACCUUCUCAUUACAAUAGAGCAAGCAAAGAGAGAAAGAAGAACAGAAUCAGCAUCAAAGUGAAAUAAACAAAGAGAAAGCCCUAACCUAACCAAACGCAUUUCAGCCAUGGCACUCGCUUCUCGCAUCGCAUCCAAAUCCAAAUUGCUCUAUGGUGGUAGUCAAAUGCUCUCUGUUCCGGUUCGACACUUUGCUAAAGAGUCUGGGCAGCAGUCUGGCCUUCCUCCCCUUAAGGGAGACCAGAUGCUGAAGAACAUUUAUUUGGAAGUGAAGAACAAAUUUGAGACAGCUGUCGGAAUAUUAAGGAAGGAGAAGAUCACCAUAGCUCCAGAGGAUCCAGCUGCUGUUGCUCAUUAUGCUAAGGUCAUGAAAACAGUCAGAGAGAAGGCAAACUUGUUGUCAGAGUCCCAAGAUAUCUUAGCCACCAUCGAUAUAGAGACACAGGAUAUUCCUGAUGCUCGAACUUAUCUUUUGACCUUGUCGGAAAUAAGGACCAAGAGAGGUCUUACAGAUGGUCUUGGAGCAGAGGCUUUGAUGAUCGAUGCAUUGGACAAAAUUGAAAAGGAUUUGAAGAAACCCCUAUUGAGAAAUGACAAGAAAGGAAUGGACCUUCUUUUGGCAGAGUUUGAUAAGAUUAAUCAGAAACUUGGAAUUAAAAAACAAGACUUGCCAAAGUUAGAAGAGCAGCUGGAGCUUAAAAUUGCCAAAGCACAGCUGGAGGAGUUGAAAAAGGAUGUUGUCGAGGCAAUGGAAACUCAAAAGAAAAGGGAGGAAUUCAAGGAUGAGCCUGAGUCAGUUGACGUCAAAACUUUGGACAUCCGGAACUUCCUUUAAAUUUCUUCAACAUAUUUUUAUAUAUUAUAAAAUAUUGCAUUUGGAUAAUGGUGAGGCCAUGUUUCUUCAAUAAGUAGACACCAAUGAUUUUGAAAUGCAACAUUGAAGCCAGUUUGAAGAUUCUUGAGUUUUCAAGUUCUUUUUUAUUCCAAUUUCCUCAUUAAAUCUGGAAGUUGAAGUAAUCCAAUGUUCUAAAUUUUAUUUUGU